GUAUACCCUAAAGAAGAAUCCGUAGUCGCUAGCUUCCCGUAGCCAGGUGUUUUUUUUAACGGUUUAGAACAUUCUCAUUCUAAAGGUUUGCUGAGAAACUUUAUGAAACUUAACACAGGCCAAACUAUACAGUGAUAACCCCUGAGUCCAAAGUUUUUGUUUCUUUUAAUUGAUUUGUAUCCCCCAUGCUGGACUGGAAAAGGUCGCGCGACGAUUAUGAGCUAGCUAUUAUUGUUUGCUAGCUAGAUUACGAAGCCAAAUAUUUAGUUAAAUUGACAGUACUGCACAAGGGCAAUAUGUCUUGCCUUAAUUCUCGCAAUAUGUUUGACACUGAAACCGCAGUGAUUAUGUCUUUUGUGUUUGAGACGGCAGUAGCAGAAAUUAGCCAACUUUUUUUGGACGAGGGGUCAAUCCUGGCGCCAAACACAAGUAAUCUGAAGAGGAAGCCAGGAGUUCUGUUAACAAUUCAGAUACAGACUCAUUGCAAAGAAGAAGCUAAAGUCCGUCAGUUGAUCAUUUGACUGGACCAAGGACUUCGGGUAGCCUGGCAACAAACUUUAAUACCUCUCUCUGUCUCGACACAGCUUGGAACCAUAAUGCAGCUGUUGACAAAGGAGGCUCUUCGUAAAAUAUGCAGGUUAUUCCUUGAAGUCUCUGCGGUUCUACAGAAUGAAAAUGAUAAACUGAAGAUCAAGGUGGAGGAAAUGAAUGAAAAAAUCAAUACAAUGGUUAAGAAGAGUGAGGAACGAGAAGAACCAAAAAGACCAACUCAUAUUCUCCACAAUGGAAUGAUCUUUUCAAUAAAACCAGUUGUGCUCCCAUUGGUGCCUGUAAACCAUUCAAAGCCAAACACAGCCGUGUCAACGCUGCUCAGCAUAGGGCCCAUCACUCAAGUAAACACAGUCAUCUUGCCAACAGAGGGCACUGGUAGCAGUACGAGCUGUGGCACAGAUGGUUUCAAGAACAGUCAAGGUAUUGCUGUGGCUUGCAGUAGACCCACUGAGACCUUUCCUCUUCUCUCUAUGGGAAACACAAGUGGACUGAUUACAAACCCCUUAAUUAGAGACAUUGAAUCCCAUGACCAGCAAAACACAGUGUUUGUUUCAGAGGAAAAAAACAAAGGGAGUGGUGCUCAUGAAAAAGAAACCAGGGGCACUGCUAUUAAUGGGAUCGGGUUCACAGAAAAUGACUGCCAGGGCAUACAGCAGAGUAAAUCCAAGCCUAAGAAAACCUUCAAGUGUGACAUCUGUGACAAGAUAUUCCACGCAAACUGUAUACUGAAACGCCAUAUUGCAGUUCACAAUAAACCGAAAGGCCCCUUUAAAUGUGAAGUUUGUGAAAGAACAUUCCGCCUGAACUGUAUGCUGAAAAAACAUAUGCAUACUCACUCAAAAGAGAAAACAUUCAGUUGCAAAACUUGUGGAAAGGCAUUCAGUGGUGAAAGCAAUCUGAAAUCACACGAGCUCGUUCACGCCGAGGUGAAACCGUUCAACUGCCUUACUUGUGGACGGGGUUUCACGUCAAAGAACCUGCUUAAGGUACACCAGAGAGUUCACACAGGCGAAAAACCAUACAGCUGUACUAUAUGUGGAAAGAAUUUCAGCAUAUCCCAAAACCUAAAAACGCACAUUAGAGCUGUACAUACAGAACGCUCAGAACGCCCGCACACCUGCCCCCAUUGUGACAAAACCUUCUGGCGUCCUGCUGAGCUGCAGGAGCACCAGGUUGUCCAUACAGGGGACAAGCCAUUUAGUUGUGAUAUAUGUGGAGCUGCUUUCAGCUUUAAGGAAAAUGUCAAGAGACACCAACGAAUUCACACAAAGAAGAGGCCGUACAAAUGCGAGGUGUGUGGAAAAACAUACAUUCAGUCCACCAACUUGAAGGCUCACAUGCUAGUUCACGGAGCAAUAAAACCAUUCAUGUGUGACAUAUGUGGAAAGACUUAUCUGUACAAUUAUCAACUAAAGCUUCACUCAGUAUCACACAAGGCUGAUGGAGAGAGGCACCCAAGAUCAAGACAGAACAAGGGCAAUGAUCAAUCCAACCAACAAAAACCAUUUAGCUGUGAAGUAUGUUGGAAAGGUUUCAGCUCCAUCAGUUCUCUGAAAACACAUGGAAGAAUUCACACAGGAGAAAACCUGUAUACAUGUUCCCUUUGCGACAAAACUUUUCUUCAUAAAGCAACUUUUGACUACCACCAGAAAAUACACUCUGGAGAGAAGCCCUAUGCGUGUGCUUUUUGCGAAAAGAGAUUUAUUCUUAAACAAGCUCUCAAGAUACACGAGCUGAUUCACACGGGUGAGAAACUACACAAGUGCAGUGAGUGUGGAAAGACUUUCAGACUCAUUGGUAAUCUGAAUACACAUAAGCGAGUCCACACAGGAGAGAAGCCUUUCAGCUGUGAGGUGUGUGGGACAACUUUCAGACAAGCGCACCAUGUCAAAACUCAUAUGCAGGUGCACACAGGAGUCAGGCCAUACUCAUGUCUGACCUGUGGAAAAGGCUUUUCUGACUCAAGACACUUCAAAAAGCACAGCUGUGUCAGUGACUGUGCGUUCGGAAACAGAAUACCAGAAGAGUAUGUAACAAUCUGAAUUACCUAUCAAUGGCACUGAUAUAUUCAAGUCUGAAAACAGAAAAAUGUUUGGUUUAUUUUUUUUAUCCUGUUGAUUUUCCAAGUUUUCUCAAUCUUGGAAUGUAAAAUGUCUACACAAUUAUGAAUGCAUCCCUGAUACAAAUUUUCUCUGAAACCAUAAUCCUAAUUUAAGGGGAGGACACUUGAAAUACAAUUGGGUGGUUUAAUGGCAUAUAAUUACCUAUUUGGUUUUCUGGCCUUAUGGAAGUUUUAGGUGCAGUAUAGUGUUGACAAAUAAUUUUUGCAGGGUGAAGGCCAGAGUUCUUUCACUUUAAUCCACAUAACAUGUUGUGUAUUUGCCUCAAAAUUAGGAAAAAGGGAAAAAUUAUCAAUAAAUCUGAACGACAAAUGGAUAUGACGAUCACAAAAACCAAGUGUAAUAUAAAUGAAGUGUCUCUGUCUGUUUCUGCAUUUGUGUUUUGAAUACAAAUAAAUAUUUAAAACAGAAGAUUAA